UUGACUCCAUCAUCAUAUUCCUUCAAUUGCCUCUGUUCCUACUGUUUUCUCACGGAUUCCAUGCCGACUCGUUCGGGCCAUCCGAGUGUGGGGGUUGCCGCCAUUCCGUCGGGUUGGGCCACCCGUCGGAGCGUCGGAGCCGUGCCGAAGUAUUUCUCUUCCGGCAUUUACUCCAUACACUCUGGGUUGUUUACUUUGACACGCACAUGCCGCGACUGAGAUGGUCUUUCGAGAUCAUGUUCCAGAUACAGCGAGGCCUCCAUGACCACAUCAACAAAGCAUCUCCAACCAUCACAGCCGCUGACUAUAGCUUCAAACAAUAUCAGACCCAUUACGUACCGGGCAAACAGUGGCUCCCUUUGCCCUCUUUGGUUGCCCGGUGGUCAGAGCUGGCGCCUGCAUUGACCGUUGAGCCGCCCCGUCCGGACAUCGAGACGAGUCCAUGCAAGGCCACGCCACAACACUGGGCCCCCUCUGGUCCCCGAGUUGAUGGCUGGGCAGAAUCGAAACUCAUCGAGACUAGGGUCCUGCACGCUGCGAUCUCCGUUGGGUCCAGAGACAUAGUGGCGCUCUCUGCAUGCAUUUGCUGACCCCAAGUGCGGCAAUUGACACACUGCAGUGGCCCACAGUUGGCUUUCGGUCGAUCAUCCGCCGCAGGAUCCUCAAACAAUAUCCCUAAGAGGAAGCCAACAGUCAACAUGAGAUGUCUAAGUUAGUCAUUUUCUUCAAGGGGUCACUGUUAAUUGACUACGGGUUAUACACAUAUUGGGUCGGUGAAAAUCCACGCUGAAACAAAGACGCUGCGCCCCAUCCGUCCUUUGUAUGCCCUGAGUGCCCAACGUUCAACGGUCGACCAAGGGCUUCCCUGCAUCCUCCAAGUCAAGUCCAUGGACUCCCUUCUUUUUUUCUUUUGCUCAAGUGGCGUGGUACUAAAUGGCCCCUCCAACUCCAGACCAGUCCCCUGACUGCAUCCCCUGGUUUCAAUGACGUGGGGCACUCGUGAUUCUGGUUAUUUUGGGCCUGAUGCUAUUCCAGGGGCCGGGGUGAUUCGCCCCUUCUUCGCCCAAAGCCCCGACUCCCCCCCCCAAUGGCGGCCCUAUCAGAGUCGUCGGGUCUCCAGGAUGAUGCCCGAUUGACCAACAGUUAUAUACCCUUCCACCCAGAUACUCGCACACCCCUUGGCCUGCUGCAUAUCUUUGUUGACUCGAUUGAGAAAAAAAUUUUCAGUGGAGACUCGUUGUACGACGGUCCUCUUGCAUCUUCUCUCUUAACUACCCCACGGUGUCUUCUUUUCUUAAGACUAUGAGCUAUUCGCUUCGACAACCUUCACCACGAGAAGUCAUUGCAGCCGGCUAGCAUACUGAAUUACAACUACCACAUCACAGAUUGACUGUGCAUGCGACCACAAAUCUCACCAACAUAAUGCCGUCUACCGGGUCGUUGCGAACUAUGCGGUCCCGGUAUCCGCCACCACCUUGUGUCGAAGAGGAGCCAGCCUCGCUUGCUCGAGAGUUGCAUGGCCUCUCGAAUUUGAGUGAAAAGCCCGGCGUCGAGGGUGCUCGCGUGAGAGGCACUGUCGACCAAUACCCGGUCAUUAUGAAUAUGAAUACGUCUUCACCUGAGGCUCCUCUGAGUGUCAACAACAUGCCUGGCAUGGGCAAUUUCUCUUCGGACGAUAGCAGCGGACCUGCCACACCUCCUCCCAGGAUGGUGGAGCCUAGUGGUCGCCCAAGAUCUGAAUCUCAAGCCACUGUCCGCCCUGGACCUCCUCCACCAUUCGUGUCGGCCUCUUCGAGUAGGCCUCGAGAACGACCAUCACCAGCGACUCAGCCACAGUUGGCUCCAGAGACUGUCGCGCCCCGACAGCCUCGUCCACGGUCCCGCGCACGAGAUGAUGACGUGCCCGUCCGUGGUCGUGGCCGAUCGUAUUCGGAACUUUACCCUCCUCAACCUAUGCGCGAGAUGAGAACCGUUCGUCAGUCGCGUCCACCGUCAAUCACACGAGAUGGAAACUGCAGGGGCCGUGAUUGGGCAUCAGUGGACGUCGCCCAACAGCCUAUGCGUGAGACUAGAGCACCACGCCAGCCAUCACGUCCACCUUCGCCGGUACGUGAUGAUCAUUUGGGGACUUCGAGCCGGCCUCGUGGUCGACUACAACCGCCACAGGUCUUCCAGCAACCCAACCGCGAACUGGUCACUCCUGGACAUCCUCGUCCAUCCUCACAUUCACCGCAACGUCCAGAUCCCAUCAGACACGAGGGCCCUAUUCAUAUCAUUCCUCAUAGCUCCUAUGGCUCGGCACGGUCUCGCUCUCGAGGCCCCGGCCAUGAUAGAAAUCAUAUGGAGGCACCCAUCUCAUCCAUUUCCCGGUCGAACAGCGCAAAGUAUGUUACUUCGAGACCUGUUCGGCCCCGACCACGUCAGGAGUCACCACCGGGCUAUCAAUCAGACACGGUGACUGCUCGACCCAGGCCUGCCUCUUAUGCUCCCCCCUCUAUUGUGCCGGCAAAAGCUCCCAUUGGGAACGCGGCAAACGGUCGAACACUUGCCGAGAGGAUUGAAGAGAAACUGCGUCAACGCCAGGAGCUUCGCGAGGCAGCCUCUUUGUCUGAUACCGAGACACGUUUGAAGACCGAAAAGUUGAGGCCUCUCAGUACGACUUUGAACCCAUCAGUUCCGUCAUCCGUCCCUCAUUCGCCUUCAAAAGAGGUUCAUCGCACCCUGAGCCACCGUUCUCGUGAACCGUCCGUGGCUCCCACGAACCCACGGACAUCGGCACCCACCCUCGUGCCCGCCCUCGUAUCAUCCUUAGCUCGAUCGAAAUCCAAAACCCGGGGCCACUCGAGAUCUAUCUCGUCCGAUGAUGCCAGACCAUCACGGCCUGCAACCUCUGUCAAGUUUCAAGAUCAACCCGCGGAAAGGCAGAGUCCUCAAAGAGUCCCUGCUACCAAACAGACCAAUCUGUCACAGCGGCCCUCCAACCCUUCUGGUCUAUGCAUCAGUCCAUGCCCACGGUCCAUCCCCGUUGCCGGCCACAACGACUGGUACACCCUCAAGGGUCUUACGCAUCUCGACAUCUGCCCCAGCUGCAUGAAGCAAAUCGGACACUCGCGCUUCCGCGACUUUUUCAUCCCCAGCUUGGCCAAACCCCCGACCCAAAAAACCCGUUGCGCGUUCAGCUACGCCUGGAACCGGCUCGCCUGGACUCAGAUGAUCAAACAACAACACGAUAGCCUUGAAAUGCUCUACCAGAUGACCCGUCCACCUCCAGGAACCCGUCCCUGUCCUGGCCGUGCCGCCUCAGAACAAACCUGGUACCGCGUUGUCAACCCAGACACGGGCUCAUACCUCCCCAGCUUCCACAUCUGCGGCAGCUGCACGCGCAACGUCCGCGUCCUCAUGCCCGCACACCGUGAUACCUUCCAACACAGCCCAGAAGUCCAAGAGCGCGCGUGCGACCUCGUCACUAGCAGCCCCCGCUUCGUCAAAUACAUCGACCUCCUGGACGACGCCUCCUCCCGCGCAGACUCAGACCCCUCGCGCCGUCCGGACCCACGCGAGUUCCUCGCCUACGCAAAGCGCAAAGUCGUCCUCCACGACUGUCUCCGCGACAGACCCGUCCUCGGCAGCUGGCACUACAUGCCCGAACUACCCGAACUAAGUGUCUGCGAAGACUGCUACGACGAAGUCGUCUGGCCCCUCGCAAAAGCACACCACUCUCUUGCCCGAUCCUUCUCAACCUCUAUGCGGUAUCUACCCGGUGACGGGCCGAACCGCUGCCGCGAGGCGAGUUGCCAGUUAUACUCGGGUCGGAUGCGUGCACGGUUCAAGGACGCGGUGAUCAGGGAUGAUUUCCCCGGUUUAAGGGAUUUCGCGUUGCGUAGGUUUGAGGCUGAGAGGCGGUUCCGGGAUCGGAGGGAUGAGUUGCUCGUUGCGGAGGGCAAGGGAUAUGAUUGUGAUGUUGAGAUGAAGAAGGCCGUUGAGGAGUGGAGGCGGUGGGAGUGAGGGAGGGAUGGUUGGUGUGUUGUACGUCAAAAUUGUGUUUAUAUUGAUGGAGUGGGGUUUAAAAGUAGUAUCUUCCUUGGUUGUUUUAUACCUUUGUAUUCUUGAUGUGUUCAUACAAUCGCGUCUUGAGCUAUACCGGUCAUUUGUUUUGAAUACAUUAGAUAGAUUGUCUGAUUCACGCCACUUUCUUGUAUAUAAAUAACCAUUAGACCUGACCACGCUUGGCUGAAUAUGCCACAGUCCCUUAUCACAAUAAAGAAGAUUGUAAAGAAUGACGG